GCUCGCCUUGAAGCAGCGACAGCGUACCUGCAAAAGCCCCGCGAGACAUCUCUCUCCUGCUGCCGUUACCUACGCAAGUCUUGCCUGCUCUCCAGCGACAUCUACGCCCCGGCUUGUUAUUCUCUCAAGCCCCGAUAAGUGACUUGCACAUCCCGUGAGCAUCAUGUCGGGCACCGGUAACAGAGAAGCCGUGUUUCCCACGCGGCAGGCGCUGGGACAGAUGAAGAGCAAGCUUAAGGGCGCCCAGCAAGGCCACGACCUGCUGAAGAGGAAAUCAGAGGCCCUCACUAAGCGAUUUCGAGAGAUAACCAGGCGCAUCGACGAAGCCAAGCGCAAGAUGGGUCGCGUCAUGCAAAUCGCGGCCUUCUCCCUUGCCGAAGUCACCUACGCUCUGGGAACCUCGAACCUGCCGUACCAAAUCGCAGAGUCCGUGAAGACGGCCAAGUUUCGCGUGCGGACCAAACAGGAGAACGUCAGCGGCGUGUUCCUCCCCCAGUUCGAGAGCUACCAGCAUGAAGGGGCCAGCGACUUCCAGCUCACUGGCUUGGGCAAGGGCGGCAUGCAGGUCGCGCGGUGUAGAGAGACAUACUCUCGAGCCGUGGAGACGCUGGUCGAGCUGGCGAGUCUGCAGACUGCCUUUGUGAUCCUCGAUGAGGUCAUCAAGGUGGUCAACCGGCGUGUGAAUGCUAUUGAGCACGUCAUCAUACCGCGCACGGAGAACACGAUCAAGUACAUCAACUCAGAACUCGACGAGCUGGAUAGAGAGGAAUUCUACCGGCUGAAGAAGGUCAAAGGCGCCAAGGAGAGAGACGCCAAGGCAGCUGAAGCAGCGCGAAAUGAAGAGGACAAGGAGAACGCCGAUGGCGAUACAGCGAAAAAGGCCGUGGACGGCGCUUCAGAGACUAAAGAUCUACUUGGGGACGAAGAUAACGAGGAUGUCAUCUUCUAGGCAACGGAAGCUGCGCGCACGCCAGCGAAGAGGGUAUUGUGUACAUACGGAAAGGAGAUAAGAUUUGUCCUGAGCGCUUAUUUGGAUUGGUACGGAUGGUUUGGGCAUGCAAAUGCCCGAGCUCUAUGCUUUUCAUAACGGCAUAGCGCCUUAUGGUAUAUAAUUGAGGGAACUUCUCAGUCUCAGCAUUGCACUGAGAGACGAGUGCCCGCGAAAAGGGGCAACGGCACCGUCAAGCCCUGUACGCUUUCUCCUAGAGCAAUCCGUUCAUAUGCCCAUAACGCCGAGGAUCAUGCAACGACUUUUACAG